AUUUUUGCCACGCACUACGGGUAUACGAAAGGUCACUCGAGAGCUGAAUUUUUUUUUCUGUAGUGGAUACUGAAUACGAACGCUGCACCCUUCGGCUACUGCCUGUUUGUUUCGUCUCCCUCGUUCCCUUCAGCUUCCGGCGCAGUCUCUCGCCUCCUUCUCUUGCACCUAUAAAAGGGAGGUCGCUCCUCUCAGAGAGACGCAUCAGAAGACUCUCACUACUACAAAUACUAGCAUUAACGAUGGUGCCCAAAAACUCUUGGUCGUUGAACCCCCGAGUGGACUCCCCGCGUGGUGGAAACCUAUCUACAUAAUACGUUCAACAACCACGGGUCUGCCCGUCGCUACAUGACCGGUCGUUACUGUUGUGAUAUGGUUUGCAUGUACGUACAACUCUUAACAAACUUACUCUCCUUGCGCUCAAAAAGAAAAAGAAAAAAAUCUCCUCUCCGUUAUCUCUCUCCCGCUACAUCCCAACUAAUGUUGGCGGGUUCUCAAAAUAUUGGCGCUAAAUCUCUCCAGCCCCAACUAAUCUAAUUUGCUCCUAAUCCUAUUAGUUAGUCCUCCCGAUCCAUAUUUUUGCACAAAUUCCCGAUGGAAGUCUGCAUGGUCGUUCAUGCCCCUGCAUCUCCGUCCGGCGCCUCUGCUGAACCACAAAACUCCCCCGGCCACCGCGAUUCCUCCCCAAAAUGCUCGGUAGAGAUGCACUUGAUGGAGCAACCAGAUUCCAUGGUUGAGUUUGCUCACCAUACUACGGAUGAAGAGAACGUGCAAGGCGACAACAUGGUUGAGUUUGUUCCAGAUACAAUUAAUCAGGAGGUAGAAGAGUCUCCUGAUGAAGAACGGAGCAGCGAUGUCUCAAUAACCGAUGUCGAUGAAGACUCUAUUGAGUACCUGCGUAGGCAAGUUGUCGAAGACUCCGAGGAAGAAGACAAGCAAGAGGAAGUAUACCAGAAGGUCCGGAAGGAAUUUAAUGAAAGACGUGCUAGUGAUGCUGCAUUGAGGAGGGAAGCAAGAGCCAGGAAUGCAUCUAGGCAUAAGAGUAAUCUGAACAAAAUACGUAGAGACUUUUUGCGAAUUUAUAUUCCUGACUACUACAAGAUGGUGGAAAAAUAAAUAUUGUUUGCUAGAGAACAGUAUUAUUGUUAGUUUUUCAGUUUGGCUCAUCGGCAGCAGAAUUCAGGAUUAGUGCCUUUUAUUUGUAACAUUUGUUCUUGUCAUUCAUAUGUCAGGCUAUGAACAAGCGACUGACUUUUAAAUAUUUUCCUAUCCGUAAAUGGAUCUUCAUAUCCCCUGACAUUGUAUUAUACA